UGCUUGACCGAAAUUCACGUAGCGGAAUGUAUCUUGAAAAAUUAACCACCGAAAGGCUAAAUUUGAAGAACGUUUCUACAUCUAAGAACUACAACUAUGGUUUGAUUAUCGAGCGAGGGGUUACAAGUGCCAUCAUAGACUCUUGGUAUUCGAUUGGUAACCAAUAUGAUGGCCUAAACUUAAAAAGACAAGAGGGGAAAGUGUCUGUGAAACACUGCGUUGUUCAUUCAAACAAGAAAAACGGUCUUUUGUUCACUGAUGGCGCCAAUGCUCGAUUGCAAUCAGUUCAGCUCAAAAACUGUCACGUUUCGGAGAACGGUGAAUACGGUUUCUGGUUUGAUAUUAACACAGCAUUUUCUAAUUACCAAGACAACUAUACUAUAACUGUGUCAAACUCCAUAAUUUCCAAUAAUACUCUGGGUGGUUGCAGGUUAAGUCCAAUGUCUUGCUACUGGAAAGUAUUUUCGCUUCACAGACGCGUUGAACUUGUAUUUGACGGCAAUGUAGUGAGAGAAAAUCAGAAAUUCGGUUUACUCGUAGAUGGUCCAGAAUGGUACGAGGCAAAAGCAGUGUUGGCAAAUAAUACAUUUGAAGAAAACAUUGGGUUUGCCAUAAAGAUUGCGUACAAGAAUUUUUCCUAUUCGGUUUGCAAGGUCUUUAACAGCUUUCCGGUGCGAGUACAAAUUCUGGCGAACAUUUUUAGAAAGAACAAAGGAGAGUAUACUUGUCUUAUAGAUUACAAUACUCUACCGACAAAACGGCAAGUUAUCAUUAACAACAACUGGUUUUUGGAGAAUCAAGAAAUCAAAUCGUUUUCCAGCAGUGGCAUUCGUACUGAAACUCAAGCUGUUAUAGCUGUAACAGAAGGAAAUAUAACUGUCGAGCAUAAUUCAUUUGACAAUCCUUUGUUUCCCCAUGAUUUUGCCAUCUUUUUCAAAGAUAAGGAUCGUGUAAUUCUAGCCAGAGAAAACUGGUGGGGCACAAGAGAUGAAUGCAAGGUAAAAGAAAGAAUUUUUGACUUCGAGGAUCGAGUGGAGCUUCCAAGGAUUCAAUACUAUCCCUUCCUGCUAUCUCGCAACUCUACCGGUGCUUACGUGCAUAGUGGCUUAAGACCAUCUUGUUUCGUUCGUGGCAAUAAGAUUGCUGGAAUAUUAGAUGAAACAGUCAGUAUAAAAAACGAUUUUUCCCCCUAUCAAGUUAUCGGAGAUGUCAUUGUACAGCCGAGAGGCGUGCUCACCAUUGAACACGGAGUAACCAUUGAGUUUCCAUUGAAAGGACUUUUCCUCGUUCACGGCCAGAUUAUUAUAAGGGGUAGCAGCAAAGAAAGGGUUAAAUUUAUCCCAAAGACUCCUUCAGCUGAGAAAUUGAGACUUGUCGAAGGGCCUAGUCCAUGGGAAGGAAAAGUUGAAAUAUGGUUUAAUAACACAUGGUUACCAGUUUGUAUGCGUAGCUAUCAAUAUGAGUACAAAAUAGCGUGCAGGCAAUUGGGAUACGAAUGGAUGAAAUCUUACCAUAAUAACACAAAUGGAAAAGAUAACAUGUUUCUUCAUAAUUUUCGAUGUGAUGCAGAUCAAAGUGACAACAUCACAGAUUGCAACAAGAAAAACUGGACUUCGUCAUCAUCAUGCACGGCAAAUGUUCUGUAUGUCAGCUGCAAAACUCCUUACUGGGCUGGAAUACAUCUCGCAGUAACGUCCAAGAAAAGCUUCCUCAGCAAUGUUGACAUACAAUAUGCCGGGUUUGCCUACAGAGAGGACCUUAAAAUCCCUGGUAUUGCUUUUAGAAUCGAUCUUAGUCGUCACAACAUCAGUGGGGUGUCUGUAAGAAAUUCUGCCGGCAUUGGUGUUCAAAUGAUGUAUACAGAUCCAUUUAAAACUUCACAUGAUAUAAUGAAUUCGACAGUAACGAAGACUGAACUGGAUGGAAUUCGUUUGGAAACUUCAUUUGUGAACCUCAUGAGAGUUAAUGUCAUAAACACAAAGGGAUACGGAUUCUUAUAUCAUUUCAACUGGAAUUCCCUCAAUAAACACGUUCUCACAAUAGCUGACGAAACUGUAAAGAAAAUUUUUCAAAUGUGCUCUGAAAAUGAGACUUUUAUUGAUGACUCCAGCGUAGUUUAUUACCUAGUUCUGACGGCAAGGAGCAGUGUAGCUUGCCAGAGGAUCAUUACAGUUUCACAGAAAUACACAAUUGGUUUGCAGUUAAUCCAUCAUGACGUAAACUCAAGUGCGCCUUUCCACAUCUAUAGCACACGAAAUAAGACAUCGAGCAAACUCUGGGAUAUAGAGUCCAUAAGGUGGUCAAACCGUCCCAUUUGGGUGACUCACAACAGCUCAAUCCUUCUGGAAAAUUCUUACCAUCAAAACGAUUACGUCAGCUCGAUUCAUCUUCUUCUGUUUCUCAUCAAAGUUACGCAUGGUGAACAAACGACAUUGAAAUCAGCAAACCUAAUCAUCACUGAGAGUAUUUUCAGCCACAGCGCUCCUGGUGGCAUCUAUUUUGGAGGCGAAGACUCAGGAAACAUUCACAUCGAAAAUUCAGCGGUUCGAUAUUCACCAGGAAUCGGCCUAGAAACCGCAUUCUCGCGUUUUAACAGUCUAACCGUAUUUAAUUGUGAAUUCAUGACACAUCAGAUUGGAAUCAAACUCGGGGGUAUUCAAGAAUGGUGGGUUAUUCCAAAACCAGGGUUUCCAGGCAACGUCAAUAUUGAAAACAGUAAGGUUUCAAACUCAACGCAGAAUGCUAUACAUGUGGAUUCGGGUAUUCUGAAUUCGUUUCAUAUCAAAAACAGCAGUAUCACCCACAACGACGGUUGUGGACUUUACCUGGGUGGCCACUACACAAAAAUGAAACUUUUUGCGGCUGAAACCCGUUUUGCAUGGAACCUGGGUAGGUCUGUGUGCUCACGAAAUCGUGAAUGUUACUAUCCUUGUAUUUCACGAACUGUAUUCAAGAAAUGCUCGUUCCUGAACAACCUUGGUCCUGUAGUAAAUAUUGACGGAUCUCCAUGGGAAUUCGAAAGUAACGUUUUCGUUAAUAACACCAAAGCUCCUGUCAUUGUGACCUCACAAAUACGAUAUUAUGUCCACACACGCGAAGUCACUGUGAGAAAAAAUUACUUCUUAUUUAAUCUUUGUGAGGAGAAGGGCGUGAUAUAUAUUACAGGAUACUCAAAGAAAAUGUGGAUUGAGGGAAACGUCUUUAGAGAAAACAAUGGACGGUCCGUUUUCAUAGGGGAAAUGUUUACCUCGAAUGCUACUAUAAGAAGGAACGUCUUUAAAUAUAAUCGGUGCUCGAACUCUGGAGUUAUUGAGGUGAGAAGAAUGGAGACAGACAUCGAGAUUUUUGGCAAUGUUUUUCAGUUUAAUCAGGGACUGUUUAUAGUUCGUCUUUAUUUUGAAUAUGCCAUUCGAAAAAGAUUGUUGCCAGUACAAAACAAGGUAAAUUUCUCUAGAAACUCGCUUUCUAACAACUCGGAGGUGUCAUCUCGAUCACCACCUUGUGAAGUAAGCAUAUCAGGACUUACGGAUCAUAAAGCUAUUUCCAUAAACUACAAUAUCUUCAACAGCAAACUCUUCUCAAAAGAACUUUGUGUGAAUACACAUGCAUCUUCACACAAAAGUAUGCUGGCAGUGCCGCUAAACUUUUGGGGUCAUGAAGAUGAGGUCAAAAUCAAGCAGAGAAUAUUGGACGCUGAAGACAAUUACGAACACACCUUAGCCGGUUUUCUUCCAUUCCUUAACAGUGCAGGGAACGUGGUGCAAAAUUCGAGCACCAGCGGCACACUGGAUGUACCUGCCGUAAAGUACUUGGGAGGACGUAUCUCAUAUAGCGUUCAACUGAAGAAAAACCGGAGCCCUUUCAUAGUGGUGUCAGAUAUCACUGUUUUGCCAAAUAGUUCACUUAUAGUUGACCCAGGCGUUGAAUUACAGUUUAAGCCGGGUGUUGGUAUGUUGGUUCUGGGUUCGCUCUUUGUGCGCGGAGCAAAGGAUAAACCAGUAAUAUUUUCUGGAUGGAAAGAGAACCAAACUGAAAAGUCAUUACCGGUACGUUUAGUUGGCGGUAAGUUUCCCUGGCAAGGUCGGGCAGAGAUACUUCACCAAGGAAAUUGGACCUCAGUUUGCUUGAACAAGACAGCAUCAUUUGGAGCGAACAACGCAAAAGUGAUCUGUGAACAUCUAGGCUAUCAAACAUCAUCGUCUAUGAGUUUUUCCCAUGAAAACUGUACCAGCGUUUGGACAUCAUGUGCAGUUUUAAAUUGUAAUGGUAGUGAAGCAGAUGUCAAAGAAUGUUCUUUAUCUUUUCAUGAUCUCACUUGCAACUCUUCCAAUCAUGUUCUUUUGAACUGCAGUGAGGGAAAGCCCUGGGGAAACAUAAGAUUUGUCCGCGAAGUUAACAGCCCGUUGCAUCAUCCUACAUCAUAUUUACAACACCUUAAGAUUGAGCAUUGCGGUGAAAUACAUGGUCAGCGCGUUGCUGCCAUUGAAAUGAUUCAGUACGUUCCUGAUCUAAGUUUUUUGACUGUUCUCAAUUGCACAGCAGGUUGUAUCAAAGUAUGGUUUCCAGAAAAGGAGGUUCUCAUAACGAACAGUUCUUUCGUGAAUUGCGGGGGCAGUGGAACUGAAAUAAUCAACACUGAACAAAACGUUACUAUUGAGAGCGUUAAAUCGGUAAAGAAUACUUAUGGAUUGCGUUUCACAAUACCAAACGGGGAUUGGAUGCAUGGUCUAUCGUACGGACAAGUUUAUGUGUGUGGUUCGGAAAAACUAGUCAACAUAAAGGAUCGCGCAGUAUUCCUAUACUUUAGAAAACAAAUUGGGACUUAUUCAAAUCCAAGUGUAUCUUGCUCCGUUUCUGUUUAUUCACAAGGAUAUUAUGGAUAUCAUGUUCAGAUGCUAGUGAUGAAAAAUGUGCGACAUGUGUCGAUUUCUAACAUUAGACAUGAAGUGUUAAAGUUUUCCCCUAAAGAUUUAGGUCCAUUGUCAAGACGAGUGAUUCCGUGGAAUCAUAUUCGAGUUGACCUUGAAGGCUGGUUCCAAAGUGAGAUGAUUUUACGAGUGGAACCAUUUGAAAGAAAGGAUAUUCCUUGCACAUUUGAAAGAGGUCUGUGUGGAUGGAGAAAUUAUCCCAGGCCACUCUAUAGAGGCGUUGCCCUUACUCAAAAAUGGAGGUUGGCUGGCAUCCCGUGGUACUACGGAUCAGUUGCUGACCACACCUUUUUAUGGGAGAGUGGAACUUGCAUGAUGCUUGGAGCCUCUUACUGGAGAGAGGGUUAUGGAGCCUCCAUUAGUCCACCAAUUUCCAACGACAGCAACUACUGUUACCUAGUGUUCUAUUACCAACUCUGGAGAAAAGGAAGAGCGAACCUAACCAUCUCAAUUGAAGAAUCGAAUGAAAAUAAGUGGACAAUAUUAUGGUCUUCCAACGACACCGUGGACUACUGGAAAAAAGAAGUUAUUACGCUUCCCCAGACGUCAUUUAACUACUCUAUCGUCUUCUUUGGGUUUUUCCAGUCCCAUGGCCAUGUUGCCAUAGAUGACAUGGACUUAAUUCAAUGCGGUCUUUCACCUGAAGUCAUGCAUCGAGUGUCUGAGAGUGUUUUCAAUAGCAAUGAUGAACAAGGAAUAAGUUACGUGUCAAACCGGAGUAAAAGCCAUAUUCUCAAAAUAGAGCGUUGUCAGAUUACAAACAAUGGUCUGAGUCUAGUCUUCAACGGAAAGCCAUCUGGAGCCAUUCAUCUUAGUGCUAUAAAUCAGGUGUUUAAAAUAGUCAAUAACUACUUGGCAGAGAACAAAAAUGGAGCUAUUUUUUCCAGCGUCCUCCAUGAAGAUCCACCUACCGAGCCAAAACUAAUUAGCCAAAUUCAUGCAAACACAUUAGAGUCAAAUAAUGGAGGGACAUUAAUUCUGGAAGGAAAUUCCGAGCCCUUUUUGAACGUUAACGUUACUGAUAACUAUUUUUCUCUCAACUUGGCUCAAGAUUGGAAUGGCAAAGCAAACAGUGUUUGCAACAUAACAAGGUUAUUGGCGAUUGUUCGCGGAAAUUUCUUCUACAAGAACAUCGGUCACUAUGUUUUCUUGUAUGAUUUCCCUAAAAAAGAUGUGACAGGUCUUCAAUUUGUGAAUAACACGUUGUAUAAGAAUAGUGCAUCGGGGCUCAAUGUCAAGUAUGGGGCAACAAUACUUUGCAAUGGUGGAGCAGAAAUCCAUGGAAACGUUUUACAGAAUCCUGGAAACCGCUAUCAGAUAAGCACAACAAUGCGAGGGAGUCCAUUAAUUGCUAACGCCACACUCAAUUGGUGGGGAGAGAGCAAGCCAGAUUUCAUCGCCUUCCUCAUUUUGGAUAAUAAGAAAGACUACCGUCUCUCGUUAACAGUGGUGUUUCAGCCAUUUAUCGAGUUGUUGCCUCGUAGAGUUAUUUCUGAGUCAUGCCCACCUGAGUGGAUUAAAGAAGAUGAGAUGUGUUUCCUGUAUAAGGGAGGCUCUUUCACUUUUCAUGAAGCCGAGAAGUAUUGUUGGAACUAUGGAGGAAAUCUCAUAACUAUGUUAUCGGCCGAAGAUAAACGACUCGUCCAAAGUUUAAGGCAAAAGGAAUCCUUGGUUCGUCCUGAUGUUUUGCCUUCUUUGUGGAUUAUGAGCAGGCGUUUCGUGAGAGAGCUUGGAAGCAGUUCUGCUCAGGACAACGGAAUGUGUUCUGUUGUUGAUAGCUAUGGGAAUAUUACAGAGUCUCAUUGUAACCAGCUUAAUCCAUUCGUUUGCGUGAGGAGACCAGUGGUUCACUGUCCAAACAGUUGUUUUCAUAAUGGCGACUGCAUAGGUGCCACCUGUUUCUGUUACCCCGGAUGGACCGGAGAAGACUGUUCCAAGUUUCAUUGCCAUGACUUACAUAACUGUUCUGGUAACGGUGAAUGCAUGGGUCCUAAUGUCUGCAGAUGUUACCCAGGUUAUUUGGGUCUUGGAUGCACUUACUCCUUCUGUGGAAAGUACGAAAGCUGUGCUGAUUGCGUGACAGACCCAUCAUGUGGAUGGUGUGACAGUUCGCGGUCCUGCCUUGGAGGAGUUGCUGAAGGACCUCCGAAGAUAGAAUGUCCCGAUUGGUUCUAUUACCACUGUUAUACGGUGGAAGACGGGGAAUGUUCACGGGAUAUAAUGACAGUAAAAUGUAAAGGAAAGCAGUGCAACUACGAAGACAGUGGAACAAGUAUUGAGUCAUGUCAGAAGUGCCAAGACCUGGAAAAAUGCCACAAACUCACAGAAGGAGGCCAAUGUAGGGCUUGGAAUGAGACCCGCUGUCCCGGUGGGAAAGUGAAAGUAGAUUAUACAGAUCCCGAAAGAAGAAACAACGUGGAACUGGCUGAUAAUUUGAAACUCGUGGAGCCCAAUGAUACUAUCAUUUAUGCAUGUCCAGUGAUUAUGGCGAAACAAGAUGAAUUGUCGCUAAUUUUAGUUGCACCAAAUGUUCUGGACAUCCAAGCAGGCGACAUAGUUUCCAGUCCACAAGCAGGAGGCAUUCUGCACAAGAUUGUGAACGAAGUCAAUGAUGGCCCUUUCAAAUUGAUGUUGAGUGCUCCAGCUGGAUUGGAAGAAGUCAUCAAGUAUGCGGACUUCAAGAGUGAGAUGUCUUUAGAACAGUUAGACGAUGAGUCAACUUUAGAGGAUGAGCCAGAUAGAGAGGACCUGGAUGAUCUUAUAUCAGGCAACAUCACUUCCAACCAGAGCCAGAUAGUUAUCCUUUCAACUGGAAUUUACAGGUGCCUUGGACACACCUAUGACAUUGGAGGCACCUUCAUCUACUCUUAUUACCUGGUGAUAGAGAAAAGCAAUACCAUUCCAACGACAGGUGAUAUAGUUGUGUCCAACGCUAGUGACGGUUUCAUCGAGAGUAUUAUUGCAGUUCAUAAAACAGACGAUACGGAUUACUUGGAAACCAAACUUCACAGAUGCGACGGGAAAACUCACUUGGAUGGCGCGAGACUGCGAGCAAGUAAACAAAGAUUUUCUGGGUCAGUACGUUGUAGCGGAGGAGAUAAUAAUCCAGGACUCGUGUUUACAGAAUCGCAAAAACGAGGCGGGCUUUUCUCCUCUGGUGAUUUGAUAAUUGGGAGAUCAAGUACAGGCUUUAUCGCAAAGGUUAUAAACACACAUUCAAGCGGAAAUCUUCUUCUUUUGGAAGUAGUCACAGCAAAACUGGAUGAAAAUGGAACCGUUAUAACGGAAGUGGAUACAAAUUUUCUAAAAAACCACCACAGACGAACUAAGCGCUCAGCAAAAAACGUUAACCUGGCAAAUUUUCAACCGGAAAAGAUAGAUCAUAAGCUUCUGUCCUUUGGAGGGGCGACACUUAAAAUUUCCUUGUCUAUGAAUCUACGUGUGAGCAUGUUUGUCUCAAUCGAGAAGAAAUUUUUUGGACUGGGAUUGAAGGAUGCAUCUGUUGGUCUAGAUUUGGAGGGGAAUCUGAAAUUUUCUUUGCAGUUUAGUCUAAAUGGGGAGCUGAGAUAUUCUGGAGAUCUUCUCGCGUUAAAGGAAAAACAGCUGGGUCGUUCCAUGUACCUACGGUUUGGACUGAUAAAAAUCCCUGUUGGAAUUUUCUUGGCACUGACGGGGCAGGCGUCUGCCGGAAUUUCCGGAACAAUUACCCGUUCACUAUCCACCAACGGGGUCAUAUCACUUGGUGGAGAAUGCAGUUGGAGCGAAGGAAGUUGUUCCAGAACUGAUGAUACAAUCAGUCUAACAUCAGACUGGAAUAGCCCAACACCAGAGUUGGAGAUUGGAGCGAAUGUGGACAUCACUGUGACACCCACAGUCUCCGUAAAAGUGCCAGCAUUACCCAAAAGGCUCUCCAAGCCCUCUAAGUCAAAACUUCUUAAUGUGCUGGCAAAGCUCGUGAAAGCUGUAGCUGAUUUAAUUCCGGACAUUUCUUUGUCGCUAUUUGUGAGUACACCUCUAAAAGCAGGAAUUUCGCUGAAUUACCCCUCAAGCAUAUGCCAAGGUCAAACACCAGCGGAGCUAAAUAGCAACUACGGUAUUUCCGACCUGAUAUUUGGCGUUUCUGUUAACUUUAUUGGAAAGAAAUUGGCGCUGUCAUUUAAUACGGGCUUUAGUCUAAUGUCUACGUCUGGAUGCAGGGAAUGUAUCUGCCCGAUCCCAGCCGAUCAGUACUGUGUGGGACCAACUUCAAGCCCACCGAAGCAGGGAGUUUGUAACGCACCAGAACCUCCUCCCCCUAAAAAGAAACUAAAGAAAAAGGAACGAAACAGCAAAACACCAGGACCUCCAUGUGGAAAUGGGCCAGUCUGCGUUGGAAGGCGAAUGGGACCAGAAUGCAACCAGCCUGAUAUGUCGCCGUUUCGGGACUGUUCAGGUAACGGAGAACCUAUUUUGACCGGAGGUUGUGGAGCACGAUGUAGCUGUUUCGGGGGAUGGCGGGGGGAAUAUUGUCAAAGAAUAGUUGCAAAUGGCGGAGGUGAUCCACACCUGAAAACAUUAGAUGGUGUAGACUUCGACUUUUUUGGCAUUGGAGAGUUCUGGGGUUGUAAAAGUGUUAAAAACGAUUUUGGUUUCCAAUUUCGUUUUUAUUACUACGAGCGAGCCUCGUUAAUUGGCGGAAUUGCGCUUAAAGCUGGGAGAACCGUUGUAACGAUUAUGGCGAUCAAAACUGAAAACGUUCAAGACCUGCCCAUUACCAGAAUCGAUGGAGUGAAAAUGAAUGCCACCAGUAAUUUUUCAGAACCAAUUGAAAUAAGCAAUGGUACAGUGUUAUUGGAUCAUCAAAGACGUUUUUCGUUUGAGGCUGAGGAGAACAGCGUCGUUUUGAUUUCACUUCAGUAUGAUGCAGGUGUAACAGUAACCAUCGACGUCCGUCAUAGUCGGGUGAUGAAGAGACAGUAUUUGAAUAUUCUUUAUUCGCCAACGGCUGCUUACAAAGGUCACACUGAGGGACUGUGUGGCUUCAUGGACAACAAUGCAACCAACGACUUUACAGGGCCCGACGGAACUUUUUACGAUAACGCUGUUAAAUUUGCCGAAUCAUGGAGGAUCACGGGUUGUCACGAUGGCUCGGGCACACGGGACUCUUGGUCAUGGAACUCAUCAAACUUUUAUCACGAUGACAUAAUGGACAUAACGUAUACAGAUCCGUCAUACAUUCCUAAGUAUUCACUGGACGGAAUUUCCCAGCCGCUAAUACAGGUCACGAAUUAAUUGUACAUAUAAAUCAUGGGAUUGGUUUUUAACAGCCAGAUUUGAGUACUUAUAGAAUAGUACUUACACAUUGCUUGCAAUUGGACAGUGUAACUGGGUAGUUUAUGCCUCAAUACUGAGUGGACGGACAGAACGCGUCAAUGGCUCAUUUCUCACCCGUAUCACGGCAGAUAAAGGACUACACACGGUUCUUUUGUCAUUGCCAAAAAGGGGAAACUCGAUCGCUGCAAAAAUAAAAAAAUUAGCCUAGUUCUUUGACCAGCCCUGUCGGGCCUGCCAUCGUUGUUGCUAAGCAGGCAUAUUAAAAGAAAAAAAGCAAAAAAACAAAACCACAGAACAAAACUAAAAAAGAAAGAAAGAAA